AUGUCUUCAACCACACCAUCAAUCAUUAGCGACGGCGGCGACACCGGCGGGAAAGAGAAGACCGCACGGAGAAGCACUGCGAGACCAGCAAACACCGGCGGCCAGGUGAAGCGUAAGCGGACACAAAACGCGUGCACUACAUGUCGCCAGCAAAAGCUGCGAUGCGACGGACCGAGUAAAUUCCCAGCGCCAUGUUCAAGAUGUGCAAGUCAUAAUCUUCAGUGUAAGGUGGAUCCAACGUUCAAACGGACACCGGCAAAACAACGGUUAGAGCAGGUAUCCAAACAGCUAGAAUCCAUGCGGGAGAAGCUAGAGCUCAGGCCGGCGCAUUGGCAGUCUUCUAUUGAUGGAGAGAAAACCAUUAGCACUCCAAGUGAAACUCAGACAGAUGCACCACCCGCGCCCAUAUUCCCAGUUUUGGAUAGUUCUCUUCUUCCGGCGGGGGUAGCAAAUGUUGAUAUUGCCCUUGAAUGGAUGAUAGAACUUUUUCAUGAAUACCAUGCAAACUAUCAUCCACACUUACCUAUAAUCAACCCCACGAUCCCAAUAGAGACGAUAUAUACCGAGUCUCCUCUCCUCUUCAAAACGAUUCUCUUUAUCGUAACCCGUCACAAUGCCCAUUCAAUGUCUAGGGAUUUCCAUAAACAGCUCAUUGAUCCAAUACGAGAAUCUAUUGCUGACUUGUCAAUAAAUCCAAACGAUUCGGCUCUCGAUAUGAAUAUUCAAGCUCUCCUUCUCCUUGGUUCAUGGCCACUCCCAUUCGCCAAGCAGAGUGACGAUGGCAGCUGGCUAUAUUGCGGUAUUGCCACACAUCUUGCUAUGCAGAAUGGAUUCCACAGGCCCGGCUUUGCCCAAGAGUUCCGGGAGAAAUGUUUCUCUCGAGAUGAUCUAAAGGUUAGAACCAUGAGCUGGAUAGCCUGUUUCCUUAUCAAUUUCUCGCUCUCUCUCAAGCUCGGCGUACCCUGCACAAUCACUCCGGACUUCACGAUUCGAAAUCCAUCCACCGAGCUGCCUCCAAAGCUGAAGCACCACCUAGUGAUUGCCACCGCCUGCUCCAAUUUCAUUCCAGCACUUUCCAAUAACCCCUUCAGUGCGACGGGUCUCAUUGAGCCCUCAUCCCGCUGGUCUCUUGUGCAGCUUUUCGAUAGCGAGCUUGAAGCUCUCCUCACCUCAAACCCUUCAUUCCCUGAGAGCGAGAUCCUUCUGCUCACAAGUAGACUGCACAUUCAAACUUUUGUCAUGCAUGAUGAUAUUCAAUCCACCAUAGGGUCUUUGGAGACCUCAGGCGUAAUGAUCAAAGCUUUCCGCACUGCUGUAAAGCUCAUCACGGUCAUUUCCAGUGAGCGUAAGAAGGGAGUCUUACAAUACUACCCAACAUAUAUCAAUCGCUCGCUGGUGCUCGCGUCCUUGUGGUUGCUGAAACUGAUAGCAUUCUCGCACGCUCGCGAGCCGUCACCACUACUUGAUACGCAGGCGAUCGAGACUGCGGAGAACCACAUAAGAGAAGCGUAUACGCUACUAGAGGGAUUCUCAAUAGUGGAUGCAGAUGAAUCAAUGAGAGCCGCAGCUUUCGUAGAGGCAAUUGGAGGCGGUGGAAAGAGUGCUAACGGGUGGUGGGGGGAGUCGGUGAGGAUGAGGAGCCGCAUGGGGUCCGGCCUGUAUUAUGACGCCAUCUGGGAGAAGAAGGAGAUUGAGAGAGCGGGCUUGAAGCCAGCUGAUAUGGCAGAGGGCGGGCAUGGAAAUGGUAGUGGUAGUCGUGAUGGUGAUGAGGUAUCAAAUAAUAGAGAUAUUCCAACGGUGGAGGUACAUCCACCUGAGGGGGCAACGUGGAAUUGGGCUGAUUUAGAUUCGGUGCCAAUUGAUCAAAGCUUUUGGGGUAUGCUGGGUGAUCGUGAUGGAUUUGUGUCGUGGGAUAACUCAUGGGAUAUCUUUGGUUUAAAUCCUCCACCGAUAGAAGGUUGA